AUGAGCGGUGCGUUGGUGGAGCUCGGUCUGCACGCGGUCUUCGUGGGGGCCUUGUUGGCAUAUUUCAAUGUGCUGCAGUUCGGCCUCCCGGUCCUAGCCGCGUUAGUCGUUGCAGCCUCCGUCGCCAUGUUCGCUGGGUUUUGCUACGCUGCGAGGCUGCAUACGACGUCGCUCGUGCUGGUCCCAUUCAUCGCCAUCAGGUUGCAGCUCAAGCUCGCGUCGCUGUUUGCUGCCUACGCCUCCAGAGGAUUCAAGCCCACCUUCCCGGAGUGGACUCUCGCCUACGAGCUCACAACUUUCAUGAUGCGGUACAUGUUUGAGGAGUACGGUCACACCAUUGUGGACGACAACACACACUUGAUGCGUGAGCCAUUCGCGAUGCACGGGCGGUUGAUCCUCCACUCGAACUACCGCCAACACAAGACGGUUCCCGAGAAGCUGGUCGCUAACGGCAUGGAGCAUAUGUGGCUACGUGACACCGAGACGAAGGAUCAGCGCAUCGUUGUCAUUCACUAUCAUGGCGGGGGCUACUGCAUCUCGGAUCCGCUGCAAGAUGUCGAGCUUGCCAACCAGACCCACUCGGUGUUGAAGCGGAUCCUCAAGGACCAGCACAAUCUUGAAGUGUCAGUCGAUGUAUUGCUCGCCAACAACCGGAAGGCGCCGGAGUUCCUGUACCCAACAGCUUUGAACGACUGCUUCGACAUGUACAAGUACGUCUUGAAGCACGAGAACAUCGCGCCGGGCCACCGAGACGACAAGGCUCCGUACUGCAUUCUCGUGACCAAUUUCGCCGACCGAUGCAUCGCGACGUACCUGAGUAGCGUUUCGGACCCGGAGAAGCGUCGGCAGGCGUCGGCUAUUAACCAGAAUCUACGAGGCCUGCCACCAAUCUUUCUGCAGUGGGGAGAGCUAGAGCGGUUCUACGAGCAGGGCAUGAGGUUCAAGGCCAAGGCUGAAGCGGAAGGUGCGACGAACAUGGAGUUUGACGUCCUGCAGAACAUGGUGCACGACCCGGUGAUGUUCCCGACGGCGGUGAGUCCUGCCGCGGAGAAGGGCAUCUGGAACGGCUGUGUCUUUGCGGCCAAACACCUGGCCAACGCGCUUCGAUCGGUAAGCUUCGACCCGGAACCAGAGCCUCGACACUAA